AUGAUUUUAUUUAAAUCAUUUCUAUUUCUCUUUCUUCUAUUAAUUCCAUCAUCAAUCGUUUUUGCUCAAACAACAUCAUCGUAUAUCGCUUAUCAAACAAGUUUUCCAUUUGUUACGUCAUGUCCAGACAAUCAAUAUUAUGAUACAGCUUUAUUACAAUGUUCACCUUGUCCACCUAAUGCGAAACGAAAGUCCAAUGAUCAAACACAAUGUGAUUGUGUCGAUGAUACGUUUUAUUAUGGUGUAAAUCAAGGUGGUGGUUCACUACUUUGUUUACCAUGUAAUUCAACUUAUGUACGAUCAAGUGAUGGAUUUGGAUGUGUUACUGCAAAUAUUUCAUGCAGCUUAUUAUGGCCGGAAAAUGUUAAAACGGAAUCAGCCCUUGAUGGUAGUCUAUAUACACAAAUCACAAAUUCUUCAAGUCAACCAAGAAUCGGAAAUGAAACUUGUGUUCCAUGUCAAGAUGGUACAUGGCCUGAUUCAGCUAGUCAACGAUGUACUCCAUGUGCUAGUGUCACUCCUCGACCUACAGGACCAGCGGGAAAUAUCAAAUGUUGCAAUGUUAGUGAAGCUCAAGAUGGUGUCUGUUUAGCUUAUGUUCAAGAAUCUACAAUUAGUGGUUUCCUCGAUUUAAAUACAUUCAAAACUCCUACGGCAUCAUCAUUUAUUCGACAACAUUUGAAAGCAUCCUUUUUUCUUUGUCGAAUGAAUUUAGGUACAACUACUAUACAGUCAUCUACACGUACUCUUUUAUCAAAUGCUACAGCAUGUCAAAUUUUGGCAAAUAUUGCUACAAUGCAGUUUUUUUAUGCUAGAAAUGGUUACGCAUACGAUUAUUAUGAUAAUUAUAUAUGGAAUCCACAAACAACACCGUCAGUUUGGACAAUUUCCAGUGUUCGAACAUCUAUACCAUUUCUUACUUAUCCAUUAACAUUUUAUGAUGAAAUAAAUAUUGCAACAUAUAAUUGGAUACCAGCAAAAUAUAGUCUUAAUAAUAUAAUGAGACUUAAACUAGCUAAAUAUUCUGCAACCGGGCAAUUUUUAGGUCUUGUUGAUGCUGCUGAUAGUCAUAUGCAAUUCUGUGGAGGCGGUUAUACUGAUGGUCGAGCUGCUUUUACAUUUGGAACGGAAUAUAAAAGAUCGUGUAAUAUUCGAGCUGAUGCAUUAUGGAGUUCACCAUUAUACGAAACGGCUUUUUUUGAUCCAUAUAUUGUAUUCACUCAAAAUGGUGUUGAUUAUAUGUUGCCGUGUCCAGUUGUUGUGAUAAAUUAUCGAUCAACAACUGGUAAUGCCGUUAAUCAAAAUGCCGAUGAAUCUUUAUGGGUUUAUCAUCGUCGUUUUUUUCUGCUUGAUCGUAUUUCGGGCGUCACAACCACCAAUAAUGAAUUACAAAAUAUUCAUUAUGCUAAAUCAAUUAAAAUUAGAACUACAUUAACAAAUGGAGCAGCAUAUAUUCAACCACCACUUAUCAUUGUUGAAUACGAUGAACUAACUUCAUCUGAUAUAGGCAAAGGAACUCUUGUUCAGGUGAGAAAAUAA